AGUACAGAUAAAAUAUUUUGAUGCAGCUGCUCAGUGUCAUUCUUUGCAGUCUGUUAUUUAGUGCAGGAGAGCCUUGAUCAGUACAAAAAGGGGGCUGACUUUGUAGACCAGCCUCCUGCAGCCUUCUUUUGAGAGGGAGCAGGAAAAGAGCCAAAGUAGCUGUUGAGAGUAAACCAAGUGGGAGUUUUUUUUUUUGUUGCUGCGAUGGCCCGGUUGAGUAUGUGUCGGAGCCCUGUGACGCUGCCCCUGUUCUGCAUGGAAGAGCAGUUUGCCUCCGGCAUGCGCUGCAGCAGCAGCAUGCCUGUGAUCCGGCAGGCUUAUCCGGAGAGCAGCUGUAUCGUCCGGCCUUUCAAUGAGAUUCCUGGGCUCUGGAAGAACGGGGUGGUCAACCUGUACAACUUCUGGAAACUGGAUGGCUUUAAAAACCUUCACCGCAUCAUGCUGCAAAACUUCAACACAUACGGACCCAUUUACAGAGAGAAAAUAGGCUAUUAUGAAAGUGUUAAUAUCAUCAAACCAGAGGAUGCUGCCAUUCUCUUCAAAGCUGAGGGACAUUAUCCUAAACGGCUGAAGGUGGAAGCUUGGACGUCAUACAGAGACUAUAGGAACCGCAAAUAUGGGGUUCUCCUAAAGAAUGGAGAAGACUGGAGAUCCAACCGUGUUAUUCUUAACAAGGAGGUGAUUUCCCUGAAGAUGCUGGAAAACUUUGUCCCACUGCUGGAUGAGGUGGGACAGGAUUUUGUAGCAAGAGUUCACAAAAAAAUCCAUCGAAGCGGGCAGAACAAAUGGACCACCGACCUGUCUCAGGAACUUUUUAAAUACGCUCUGGAGUCGGUGAGCUCUGUUCUGUACGGAGAGCGUCUGGGCCUGAUGCUGGAUUACAUCGACCCCGAAGCUCAGCGCUUUAUAGACUGCAUCACACUCAUGUUCAAGACCACUUCUCCCAUGCUGUACAUACCUCCUGCUCUGCUGAGGAACAUCGGAGCAAAGGUGUGGCGUGACCAUGUGGAGGCCUGGGAUGGGAUAUUUAACCAAGCUGAUCGCUGCAUCCAGAACAUCUACAGGCAGCUGCGUCAGGAAACAGGAGAAUCCAAGGAAUACCCAGGAGUCUUAGCCAGCCUGCUCCUGUUGGACAAACUGUCCAUUGAAGACAUUAAGGCCAGUGUGACAGAGCUAAUGGCCGGAGGAGUAGACACUACUUCUAUAACGCUCCUGUGGACGCUGUAUGAAUUAGCCAGACACCCGAACCUCCAGGAGGAGCUGAGGGCAGAGGUUGCUGCAGCUCGGGCUGAGAGCCAGGGGGACAUGUUGGACAUGCUGAAGAGGAUUCCUUUGGUCAAAGGUGCUCUUAAAGAAACACUGAGGUUGCAUCCAGUUGCAGUGAGCUUGCAAAGAUAUAUCGCUGAAGACAUUAUUAUUCAAAACUACCACAUCCCAGCUGGGACUUUGGUCCAGUUAGGACUUUAUGCAAUGGGCCGAGACCCCAAGGUUUUCUUCCGUCCGGAGCAGUACCAGCCGUCCCGCUGGCUGAGGACGGAGACGCAGUACUUUAAAAGCCUGGGAUUUGGUUUCGGCCCUCGUCAGUGUCUGGGACGCAGGAUAGCUGAGACAGAGAUGCAGAUCUUCCUCAUCCAUAUGCUGGAAAACUUCCGAAUUGAGAAGCAGCGCAAUGUGGAAGUGCAGAGUACGUUUGAGUUGAUUCUCUUGCCAGAUAAACCUAUAAUAUUAACUCUGAAACCUCUGCAUGUCAGUCAGUGACAGAAUUUAGGACAUUUCAGGUGCAUGUGCUCUUUUCUAAAAGUACUGCAAUAUAAACAUUAAGUUCUUUGUUAAAAAAGCUAAAACAUGUUACCUCAGAAAUUCAGUAACCAUCAUUUCUGUACAUACUGUAGCUUAGUGAGUCAUUUGAUUUAGCAAUGGAAUGUUAAUCUAAUAGCAAAUACUGAAGUCUUUCUCAGUCAUGUAUUAUUUUUAUGUGCAUCUUUAAAAACCAAUGAAGAAUAAAACACAAA